AUGGCUAUCUUUGGUAAAAGUGUUUCAUUCCUAUGGGUGCUGAUCCUUGUACUGUCAUCUGCAAACAAUUGUAUGGUUUCGGCGGAUCUUGUGGUUAUUCAAGCCACAAAUCGUUUGGACAAUGGAAGUUUGGACUUAACCGUUGCAUGUCCGAAUAUUGAGAACAAAAGCUACCUUCUGCAUCCUGGUCAAUACCAUCAAUGGAUUAACAAUGCUGAUUCGUCUCCAUCAGGAGGGCCAUUUUUCAAGUGUUCCUUUGAAUGGAAAGGUGCAUCUCACAUCUUUAACAUGUAUAAUCCUUCUAGGGAUUUUGAUUGUGAAGAGUGUCAUUGGUAUAUCAAAGAAACUGGACCAUGUAGGGUCUAUGACCGUCCUAAUAAGCCUACGAUUUGCUCAAAUUGGGAUUCAUAA